GUUCGCGAUCAUGACCUAUCUCGACCCAGAUCCAAUCCUCCAGGAUCCACACUGGUGGAUGACAUAUCCACGAUCGGACCGCUGUCUCCCACUGCAGUAGUUCGUUAUAUAACCGAGGUCUCCUCGCGGGGUUCCACGUUGCCACUACUCUCAACAACCAACCACCCCAGUUUGAAUCAUGACCGUCGCAACGUCCCCCCUUCCGCCUACUACGACCGCUCGUCUCGAGCACCUCGUCGACCAGGCCACCAAUGCAGACAAUGGUGUCCCCGGAGUGGUGGUCGUCGCCGUCGACCGCCACGGCCAGGAGAUCUUCUCCCGCGCCAGCGGUACCCGCGGCCACGGACACCCCGAGCCCUUGUCCGUGGACGAUGUGUUUUGGAUUGCCUCGUGUACUAAGAUGAUUGUUGGCGUUGCCUGCAUGCAGUUGGUCGAACGGGGGCUUCUAUCUCUCGACGAUUCUGACCAGGUCGAGCGCUACUGCCCCGAGUUGAAGGCCGUGCAGGUGCUGCAACCUGACGGGACGCUCGUCGAUAAGAAGCGGGGCAUCACCCUCAGAAUGCUGCUCUGCCAUACUGCUGGCUUCGGCUACUCGUUCAUGCACCCGCAGUUGCUGGAGCACAGUCAGCGGACGGGCUUCGACGAGAUGUCCAACUCCCUCGAAGGCUUCCUCCAGCCCUUGGUCCAUCAGCCCGGGGAGCAGUGGAGAUACGGAAUCAACAUCGACUGGGCGGGCGUGCUGCUCGAGCGUGUGACCGGCCAGUCCCUGAACGACUAUCUCCACGAACACAUUUUCCAGCCGCUUGACCUGGAAAACAUCAGCCUGAUCCCCACGGAGGCCAUGAAGCAGAAGCUCGUGCAUAUGAGCGCCCGUGCCCCUGACGGCCAGAUAUCGGCCAUCGACCCGAUCCAACCCCGCGCGUUGACGGUGGGAAGCGAAACGGACGGCAAGCCUUUCUUCCACAGCGGCGGCGGAGGUGGUUUCGCUGCUCCACGCGACUACUGCCAAAUCCUCGCCGUGCUCCUCAACAACGGCACAUCCCCAACCACCAAGCGGCAAAUUCUCCGCCCUGAUACCGUCGAACAAAUGUUCGAGAACCAGAUCGCCCACUUACCACCCCUACGCGAGAAGGAGAUGAUCACCUGUAAGCCGCACGUGUGCCCCGCCAGCACAGGCUUGUACCCCUCCACACCGGACGAUCCGCAAGGUUGGGGCCUCAGCUUCAUGAUUAGCGGUGGCUAUACGGGCCGCUCGCGACAGACGGUGUUCUGGUCGGGCGUUGCUAACCUAUACUGGUGGUGUGACCGGGAAAAUGGCGUGGCCGGCAUGGUCUCCUCCCAGGUCUUUCCGUUUGGUGAUCUGAAGGUGUUUGAGCUGUGGGCGGGGGUAGAGAAGGAGAUUUACAAGGGUCUGAAGGGGGAGGCUAAGAUUUAG